AUGCCGACUACCACUAUUGGUGAUAUCCCCUUUGAUUUAUGGUAUCAAAUUGCUUCUUGUCUCGAUCCUCAAGAUUACAUUAACUUGAGCUUUGUCAACCGGCAAUUAUAUUCUUUGCUGAAAAGUGACCUCACCGCCCGCAAGACAGUACAAUUAUGUAUUUCCCACACAAGAGAAGGGAAAUUGGCCUCGAAAGGAAAGAUCACAUAUAUUGAGGCUCUCAGGAGAGUGUAUGACGUGCGUGAGGCAGUGGCAACUGCACAACCUUACUUGGCAUGUAUGGUUGCAUAUGGCGAGUCAUUCUUGUUCAACCAAGGCGUAUUAUGUUAUUUGGAUGAAGGCGAGAUCCGUACGCUUGAUGUGCAUGGAGCUGCUCGGCAAGAGCAAGUUGUCAAUGUUGGGGCUGUGUUGCUUGGUGCCUGGAGAGUGCCUCCCGAUUUUAACCAAGGAGUGCAAUUUUCUCUUCUGAAUUAUAGCCACGGCAUCGUCGCAGGCUUGUGUGAGAUAACCGGCCUUCAACCGUGGCUAAUUGUCCUUGAUAUUCGUGAGAAAUCUACUACAGACAACAGGAGACUUCUUUUCCUGAAACAGCUUGAAUCGUCACGAAGAAUAUUUGUACGCCACAAUGAUUUGGUCUUAUUUUAUGGAACUCAUUCUCGGUUUGCCGAGCAUGGCCACCACGAAUGGAUAAUUCAUGGCUGGGACCUGGUUGAGAGGAGGCCCCUAGCAGAACGCCCCGUCCAAUUGGAAAACUUCGUCGGAUCUGAAAUCGGGUCUUCAAUCUGUUUUGAACUCCAUGAUAACCACUUUUACGCCGUUUCAAACGCCAGCAGAUUUGAAGAUGAAGAAAUUGACUGGACUUCUUACUAUAUUUGCAUUCGGUUUCCAGUACAAACUCCUCACAAUGUCGAAUGGCGUGCGUUGUGGCGUCGACAACACCGCGAAGGCCCGAUCCACGACAUGUGGACUAACAUCUCACUUCAAUCAGACGAUGCAACGAAUCAACUCCUAAUCAUCGAAAGUCGAAGAGAAUGGAGCGGUGCUGGCAGUUCCCGGAAGCGCAGAUUCCCCAUAGGUGAGGACGGCCUUUUGCAUCCGCCAGAACUGGAUAAUCAAAAGGAACCGAUACCAAACAGCGAUGAGCGUUUCGAAUCUCGCGGGAUCAAGCUGUGGCCUCCUCUAAAUUCCCACCCGGAACUUCUGUCGCUACUCUGCCCUCCUGAAAGAUGUGGGGAUGUGGAUGCUACCUCCGAUGAACGCUCUAUGGUAGUCGUGGAAGAGUCAUACCUCCCAGUUGAGAUUGAUCGUGGAGAUACAAGGCUUGGCAAAGGCAAGCGAAAAGCUAGCACUGAGAUUGAAAAUUAUUCUCAAUGGCACGUUCCUUUCACUUUGGCGUUUAUGCCCUCUUCCCUGCCUUGGAGAGCCAUCCAUAUCGCUGGCACAAAUGGUAAAGGCUCCAUUACAGGCUACCUCUCUGCUCUACUCACAGCAGCUGGUGUGCGGUGCGGCUCCUUCACCUCCCCGCACCUCAUCGACCGGUGGGAUUGUAUAACAAUCGACAACUGUGUGGUCCACGAACCUCUCUUCCGCCAGAUAGAACACAAUGUCAAACUCCGCAAUCAAUCACUAGGAAUUGGUGCAACUGAGUUUGAGCUGCUCACCACCACUGCAUUUGAAAUCUUCACACAUGAAAAUGUCGAUGUUGGGAUCGUUGAGAUUGGCCAUGAUCACCAAGCGAUCCUGGGCAAUACCCUUCAGGAGAUCGCGCGGGAGAAGGCGGGUAUUAUGAAACCCGGGACUCCCUGUGUCAUUGAUGGGACAAACGAGCCGGCUGUUCUAACUACACUUGAGGGAAUUGGAUGGGAAACGCAAACACCUUUCAUCAUCACCAGCCCAGAUUCCAUCAUGGAAGAAUUCACUGAGCUGGCGAAGAUAUUCAAAUGCCUAAACAUUGAACCACACCAGAAGGCGAAUAUCGCCUGUGCAGUCGCCGCCCUACAGCAGAAGGGCAUUUUGCCGUCAUCUCUACCAUUGCCAAGCUUAUUCCAACACAUCCCCAAAACGCCACGACUAGGCCGUUUGCAGGAACUCUCCCUCAACCCUCUUAUUUCCCGCAGCCAACCGAUCCUCCUUGAUGGUGCACAUAACCCUCAAUCGGCACGUGUCCUCUGCUCUGUUACUUGGGUAAUUGCUGCGUCGCAGGGCAAGAACACUCAAGAAUUAUUCAACUGCAUGCUCAAACCUGGUGACAAUGUUGCUGUUGUCCAGUUUGGGCCUGUGGAUGGGAUGCCGUGGGUGAGGAGUGUGGAAAGCGCAGAGCUGCUAUCUGUAGUAAGCAGCUGUACGAGCAGCAGCAGCGACAGUGACAGCACGCGUGAAUUAGCGCAAUCGAAGGACUUCGGGGGUGAUAUUGUGUCCGCGCUGGAGUGGGCCGAUGAAGUCUCAAAGCAAGGUGGUGGUGAAAGUGGUGAAAGUGGGCCUUUGGUAGUUGCCGGUAGCCUGUAUUUGGUAGCUGAUGUCCUUCGGCUUCUUCAAGAGAUAAAUAACAAGAAGGCAAAUGUGCAGGGAAACACUGUAACACAACUAUUACACCUCUUUUGGGAGUUAAUAGCCCACCGGAUAACAUUUAGUCCAGAUUCAGAGGUUAUUCAAAUAUAG